AUGUCGUCUUGUUUGUUCAUCUUCAUAGCUUUGCUUCUGAGUUCUUGUAUUGGAUCGUUGACAGCCCUUGAUCCAACUUGCGGCAACAGAGUCGUGAGCACAAUCGUCGUCGACCAAAACGGUUAUGGAAACUUCCGUACGGUUCAAGCUGCCAUUGAUUCUGUUGGUGAAGGGAAUUAUCAGUGGAUCAAAAUCAAAGUAAAACGAGGUGUCUACAAAGAGAAGGUGGAAAUACCGUUGAUGAAAUCGUGCAUAAUAGUAGAAGGAGAGGGACAAAGAGUCACGACCAUCACGUAUGAUGCUCACAAAGCCACUGACGCCAGCGCUACUUUCACUUCCCAUCCAUCCCACAUUGUCGUCCGAAACAUAACAAUCAUAGUUACGUAA